GUCUGGUAACGGACAGAAGGGGAUGUUGGGUUCGCUUUAAGACUAGCGAUCGCUCUUGCUGUAAGAUUUCGAAAUCGCCAUUGUUGCAUUCAGCACAGCGAUGUGGAGUGGAGAUUGGGGCUUCCGGUUUGAAAGAGCCAUCUAUGUGAAAUACAUCGAGCUGCGGAGCUGUUGAGUCCUGGACCUUUUAAUCUCAAUCUAUUGUUAUCGGAGAUGAUAUAGAGACGGUAUCAGCACGGUCCGUCUGACACACCUGGGAUUUCGAGACCAUCCAGAGUCAGCAAAGCUCAUUUCGAUUUUUUUCAGGCUGUGGAAUAUAUAAUUCCUGAAAGGGGAAUUUGUUUAGCAGUAAAUAGUAAAGCGAGGCAUUCUAGGGAGUUUUAUUUCAUGGGGAUGUGUUCAAGGCAAGAGAGAAUACAAAAAGACGUCGACAUCGUAAUUCAAAGGUGCAAGGCAGAGAAAGACUGCCUAUUUUCUGAUUUCCGAUUCACAGACGCCACUUUCACAUUCACUUACUCCAAGGGAUCUAAAAGGGUGUCCUAUUCUGUGCACGUCUCGGAAGACUAUCCAGACAACACCUACGUGUCAAAUUCUGAAAAUGAUGAUGACGUUUUAGUUACAAGAGAUCCUAUUCCGGUCAUUUUCCACAGAGUAUCAACAGAAAUUAGAAUAAACAAUGAUGCCACCAGCUGCCUGUCCAUCAAAUCAAAGCUUCAGAAUGACAAAAACCAGUGUCAUUCCACCAUAGAGGAAGAUUCGGAGGACAAUGACUCAGAGGAGUUCUAUUACGGCGGCCAGGUGAACUACGAUGGAGAGCUCCACAAACACCCACAGCUGGAGGCUGACCUGGCAGCAGUGAGGGAAAUAUAUGGACAUCAUGCAGUAUCUCUCAGGGAAUAUGGUGCGAUCGAUGAUGUUGACAUUGAUUUACACAUCGAUGUCAGUUUCCUAGAUGAGGAAAUAGCACUUGCGUGGGAUGUGAUCAGGACAGAACCUGUCAUUGUGCGUCUCCAUUGUUCGCUGACGCAGUACCUGAAUGGACCAGUUCCAACAGUUGAUGUUUUCCAAGUGUCUACCAAAGACAGGUUUGGGCUCGGACAUCAAUUAAAAAAGAUCAUGCAGACAUUCGUCACACAGCAAUGGAAACAGCAGAGUAAAGAGAAACUGAACUGCCCACACAGCAAAAAGCAGCUGGACAAGAAGGUGAAGUCACCGCUGCACAUCUUUUCAACUCUUCGCAGAUCACCCAGCUACCCUCCUCCUGGAUGCGGAAAGAGUAAGAAGAAGCUGAAGCCGGAGCAGGACGGCGUGUCCAAGUCCCAUAAACUGUUGCGCAGGACUUGCUCCAGCACGGUGAAGCCAGAGGACGGCUGCGCCAGCAAGUCCCACAAGCUCCUGGGCCGCUCCCUGUCCAGCGACCCGCGGGCGGAGCAGCCGCUGCUCCCCAAACCCCACAGACUGCUGCCCCGGCCGUGCCCGUCCGCGGUCAAGCCGGACGACUGUGCCUCCCUGAAGCCUCACAGGCUCCUGCCGCGGUCGUGCUCGGGGGAGCCGCGGUGCGAGCACGGCGUGGGCGGGGGCAGCGGCGGGGGCGGCGCCGGCUCCGCCCUCAAGCCCCACCGGCUGCUGAGCCGCUCCUGCUCCGGAACCAUCCGCACCGAGGAGCUGGAUGGGCUCAAACACCACAAGCUUCUCAGCAGGUCCUACUCCAGCAGCACCAAGCUGGGCAAGGCGGACCUCUUCAAGGAGCCCGUCUCCGAGGGCCGGCGCCUCUCUCUUACCUCAGGGCUCAUCGGGAUCCUCGCCCCAUCGCUGGCCACGCCUCCCACGCCCAACAGUGGGGCGAAGUCAAUACCAGUAAGAGAUCGAGGCUUUCUUGUUCAGACUAUGGAGUACGCUGAGCAGAGGAUCCCUGUCCUUAAUGAGUUCUGCGUGGUCUGUGAUGAGCCCCAUGUGUUCCAGAAUGGACCGAUGCUGAGACCCACGGUUUGUGAGCGGGAGCUCUGUGUGUUUGCCUUCCAAACCCUGGGGGUCAUGAAUGAGGCUGCAGAUGAGAUCGCCACAGGAGCCCAGGUUGUUGAUUUAUUGGUCUCCAUGUGCCGAUCUGCACUUGAGUCACCCAGGAAAGUCUUGAUUUUUGAGCCAUAUCCUUCUGUGGUCGAUCCCAACGAUUCUCAAACACUGGCCUUCAACCCACGGAAAAAGGACUAUGAUCGAGUGAUGAGAGCCCUUGAUAGCCUUACAUCUAUCAGAGAAAUGACCCAGGCACCUUACUUGGAAAUUAAGAAGCAGAUGGACAAGCAUGACCCACUAGCUCAUCCCUUAUUGCAGUGGGUGAUAUCCAGCAACAGGUCACAUAUAGUUAAACUACCAGUAAACAGACAACUGAAGUUCAUGCACACGCCACACCAGUUCCUCCUGCUCUGCAGUCCACCCGCCAAAGAAUCCAACUUCAGAGCUGCCAAAAACCUCUUCGGAAGUACCUUUGCAUUUCAUGGUUCUCACAUAGAGAACUGGCACUCCAUACUGAGGAAUGGUCUGGUUGUCGCAUCGAACACAAGACUCCAGCUCCAUGGCGCCAUCUAUGGGAGUGGAAUCUAUCUCAGCCCAUUGUCAAGCAUUUCCUUUGGUUACUCAGGGAUGAAUAAAAAACAGCAGAAAGUUGCUUCGAAGGACGACACAGCGGCUAACAGCAAGACCAACAUUAACUUGCAGUCACAGAAGAAGGGGCACCAGCCGCAGUUUUUGCAAAGUCGGAAUCUGAAGUGCAUAGCCUUAUGCGAAGUUAUUACUUCUCCUGAUCUGCACAAGCACGGCGACAUCUGGGUAGUUCCGAACACAGAUCACGUCUGCACCAGAUUUUUCUUUGUGUAUGAGGACGGACAGGUUGGUGACACGAGCAUCAACACACAAGACGCUUGCAUCCACAAGGAGAUCCUGCGCGUUAUAGGCAAUCAAACUGCCACUGGGUGAUGAGGACCCAUGCAAUACCGCUGCCUGGACACGCCCUCUUCUGUCUCAGAGCUGGAUUUUGAGCUGAAGACGUGAAUCUAAUGUUUUGUCAAAAAAAAAAAUCUGAAGAAAAAAAAAAAAAAUCACAACAAAUUUAGGUACACUUGAAAUAGCUACACUAUUUGUACCUCCCCUCAGUGUGAACUCCGUAGGUACGCACACUGAAAACAUGUAGCAAUCUGUUUAGAAAGUACCAUUUUGCAGAGUUUAUAAAGGAAAAUACCCUUUUUCAGGAACUUCGAGUUUGACUGA